AAUAUUGGUGAUGCUCGGGGAAUUCCCAUUCCAUACCAAGACAUGUAGUAUGCAUUGUUUUGUUUGUGAAAGUGUAGUCAGUUGUUCUCUUCGGUAACGAAUGUAUCAGAAUUAUUAAUUUAUUAUAAAGUUAUAUUGAAGUUCUAAUUUGUGAAAUAAUUACUAUGGAUGUGCCGCUGAAAAAAAAGACUGUUUAUCCUCAAAAAUAUCGAAAAGAAUGGGAAACCCAAGAAGAAUUUAAAAUGUGGUUACGGCCUGUGUCAAAUGAUCCUACUAAAGCUUUUUGUAAGUUUUGUCAUGCUGAAGUUUAUGCUAGAAUUGGUGACAUUAAGAAACACAAAGAAACGAAGAAACAUAAGGAAAAAUCAGACUUGGUGAAUAAAAACAAACAACUUGAAUUUCUCCCCGCUUCCAAAGAUAAUACAAACUCACUGAAAAUAGAAGGAACUUUGGCUUUAUUUAUUGCUGAACACACUUCCAUACAGCAAAUUGACCACUUAACUGAGGCUUUAAAAAAAUGUAUUUCCGAUUCAAAGAGUGUUAUGGAUAUAAAAAUGCACAGGUCAAAGUGUAGUGCAGUAAUAAAAAAUGUGUUGGCUCCACAUUUUAAACAGAAGUUAUUGGAUGAUAUUGACUCACAAAAGUAUAGUUUACUGUUGGAUGAAUCCACUGACCUCAGUGUGUCAAAAUUGUUGGGUGUAGUAAUCAGAUACUUCAGUUCCACACACAAAAAAGUGGUUUCAUCAUUCCUCGCCUUACAACCACUUAAAACCGCGGAUGCUCGAGGAAUUGUUACUGCCUUAGUCAACUGUUUAGAAGAACAUAGUUUGCCUAUAAAAAAAUUAAUUGGAAUUGGGGUGGAUAAUGCCUCUGUCAUGACGGGUAUCCAUAAUAGCGUACAUACUAUAUUAAAAACUGAGUAUGGUUUGCCCAACUUAAUUCUAGUUAGAUGUGUUUGCCAUUCACUUCAACUAGCUGUGUCACAUGCAUCAGAGCACACGUUGCCGCGGAAUAUAGAGUUUCUUAUUAGAGAAACUUAUAAUUGGUUCUCACAUUCACCUAAACGCUAUGAACAGUACAAAGAUAUAUAUGAGACUAUAAAUUGUGGCGAGAAGCCUUUAAAAAUAUUACGCUCUUGUGAUACUCGGUGGCUCUCCGUUGAAGAAACAGUGACUAGGAUACUGUCUCAAUGGGAAGAACUAAAAUUGCUUUUUUCUUUGCAUAAAGAUAAAUGUUUCACAGCAGACCAACUUCAUUCCAUGUAUGCCGAUGAGAAAAAUUUACUUUACAUGAACUUUUUAAGGAGCAUCCUAAAUGACGUACAAAUUGGAGUAAAGACUUUUGAGAGUGAAAACGCAAAUCAUGUUGCCCUACUAAAUACAUUGAUGACUUUGCUUCGUUCUGUUUGCACUAGAGUAUUGAUGCCGUCGGCUGCAACAACUGACAAUGAUUAUUUAACGAUUAAAAUAGAAGCCCACUUAAAUCCAGUUCCGUAUUUAGGAUAUCUUUUUGAAACUCAUGCACAAAAGACCUCUUUAACCGAUGAUGUCAUUAAAGCAGUCAGAAAACGCUGCAUUGAUUUCACAGUGAAAUUAGCGAAAGAGAUUCAGCAGAGACUUCCUUCUAAUUAUAUAAUUUUGGAAAAAAUGUGUCUAUUGAGCGUGGACAAUACUCUUCGUCAGGGGAAAGACAAUCGAAUAGCAGAUCUAGCCAAAGAACUCGGAUUUAAUGACGAGGCAAUAGACAAAUUGCUACAACAGUGGCAUGGAGUAAAUUUUGUGCAAUGGACAGCUACACGUGACGUUAUUGACUUUUGGAUUGAAGUUCGAAAUUACAAAAAUGCUGCAGGAAUUAAUACAUUUCAAGAGUUAUCUGAUCUCGCUUUGUCCGCAAUGUCCCUUCCUCAUUCAAAUGCCGAAGUGGAAAGAGCAUUUAGUGCUAUGAAUAUAGUUAAAAAUAAACUAAGAAACAAAAUGGCUGUAAACACUUUAAAUAGUAUUCUCUUCAUAAGAAACCAAUUAAAAAUAAUGAAGAAAACUUGUUAUAGCUAUGAGCUCCCGAGCGAUGUGAUCUCUGCUGUUGGCAAAAAUUGGAAAUACUCAAAAAUUGAUCCAUCUCAACCGUCUACGUCAGUAGAGCCGUCACCGUGUCAAGAUGACGAAGAAAUACCAAACGAAGUAUUUAAUGUUGAUUUCUAAUUUACCGUUUUGAUUUAUUGUUUUUUAAAUACUUAAGUUGCUUUUUAACUUGUCACUAAGAUUAAUAAUUAUUAUUCUUACGAUUAAAAUUAUGUUUCUUAACAAAUACCUUGUGAUUUUAU